AUGGAUGCAGAAAGUACUUCCGAUGGGGCUCUACAUGCAUGUUACUACCUUCCCGGUUUCAAUGUCGGCCUCUCAUCCUUCCCCGCGUUUGGAAAGAAAGGACAACCUCAAGUCGAUCCUGGCAAGUUCGACAAAGCGUGGUUCCUGCCCCACAUACCUUCACAGGGGGGGUUACAAGGGGACACGUCUAUCCACGAGCUCUGA